UGACUUGUUCUCCUGUUGCCAAUAUACCGCUGGGAAGGCCAGAUGAUGCGCUGCCUCUUGCUGCAACAUUUGCCUAUGACUUAAUGGGGGAAUUGCAAUAUUCAGCCUGCACAUUAAGCUCUGCAGUAGUGCAGCCCAAAAAGCAUUGUUUUUGCCUCUGGCCGCAACGAGAUGUGGAUGGAAAUCCCUCCUCAGAGCACCGGUCCUCAGAAAACAAAGGGAGAGGCUGGUCGGGUGUCAGAUGUUCUGGUGAGCCUCCCCCAAUGGUGGAUGAAUGAUUCGUGCUAUUUCCAGUGCCAACUCGCAGCUCAGUACCAGAAAUAGAAGCGGACACUCUUCUAGCCCAUCCCUCCUCUGCUCGCUAUUAUUUUCCACCCAUGUUAUAACUGCAUUAUUUUUAUAAUACCAAUAAUGACACGGCGGUUUUCUCCUCGCGAAGGAAUCCUCGACAGCGCGCCCACACUGACCGAGCCCUGGCGGACCUUCGCAUGCCUGGUGCCCUUCACGGACAAGCAGGGCACGCCGCUGCUGAUGUCGUACGGCGGGACCACUUCGGCCGACCGGGACCCCCUGGACUCUGCAGCCAAGGGCCUGACGAAUCUGCAGAUAUUCGACCUUUCCAGCAGCAAAUGGCAAGGGCCGAAGACGGACAAUACGCCGAGCAUCGGACCGGUAUUGCCGGGCUGCGGGUCGUCACCAGACAACAUCUGGGUGUACAAUGCGCAAUACGGAGUCGUGGGCAAAGAGGCGACAUCGGUCAGUCUUCUGGACAGCGUGCAUGCGAGCUGGAGCGCGCCGACCAUGCACGGGCAGCUGCCGGUGACGCGGUUCGGCGCGGCAUUCGCGACGGUGGGCAGCAAAUUCUACAUGCACGGCGGCGUGCCCCUGAACGACAAGAACGAGGCGGACUCGCCGCCCACGAUUGCCAAUAACCUGGACAUUCUGACGCCGUCGUCCAUGUCAUGGACGUACGCGAGCAACGGGCCAGCGCGCAAAUACCACACAUUGUGCUAUCUGAGCAAGCCCAAUGUGGUUGUUCUGUUUGGCGGCGCCGACCAGAACAUCAACAGCUACAAUGACGUCAAGGUGUUUUCGGGCGAGCCGUCCGAGCGCGUCCUGCAUUCGGCCGUGUGCUCCGACGACACCAUGUAUGUGUUUGGCGGCCUGCCCAGCGUCAAGGAUGCCCCAACAGACCGCAAAGUGUGGAUGCUCAAGGCCGAGGGUGGCUCGUUUGUGUGGAAUGGUCCGGCGCCACGCGGCGGCCAUGCAGCAGCCAUCUACGAUAACAAGAUGUAUGUGUUUGGCGGGAUUGUGCCCAGAGGCCAGGACAACGACAUGUACCAGUUGGAUCUGAAGAGCUGGCAGUGGAGUGUGACGUCGGCAACAGACAAUUCGGCCGACUCGGGCUCCAGUGGCGUGUCCUCCAAGGUCGUUAUUAUUGCCGCGACCUAUCUCGUCGGCAACCUGGGGUUUUUCUCUGGACGCAAGCGCCGUGGUAGCAAUGCCGACUCCGACAGCGCGCACUCGGCCGAGAUCAAGGGCGAGACCGCUGCCAGCUACUACCAGCGCGACAGCGCCUACCAGGAUGUCGGGACGCCCGCGGACCUGUCGCCGGACACAAUUGUCAGGCAGCCCAUCGGUGCCGACUACAGUGACGCGUACGCCGACCCGGACAAGUUCCGCCGCGACGUCGUCGCCCACAACUACAUGCCGACGCCGCACGCCAACCCGUCGGUUGAGAGCAGCGUGGCGUCGUUCCUGCCGCCGAUCAUGACUAGCGAGAGCCCCCGGAUGCUGCCAAACGAUAUGGCGGGGCUGGGCGAGCCCUCGCCUAUAGUGACCGGCACUCCGAUGACUACCAGCGAGAGCGUGGCGACCGAUAGCGGCCUUUUGGCCCGGAGCAAGUCGCUGACGAACAAGCCGGCCGAGUCCGUAUCCAUGCGGAGGCUGUCGUCGAUUAUCGACCAGCAGACGGCUUUCAAUAUGUACGGCCCGGAGCACAGGCGCUUCGAGGACGAGUAUCGUCAUGCCGAGGCCAUUAACCAGAUCCUGCUGUCCGGGAAGCCUAUCCCGGCCUGGCUCAGAGACGCAAUCAAGGAGGCUGAGAAGAGCGACCUGCCUGCCAAGGGUGCUGGGCCUGCAAGCAGUACCUCGGACGGUGACACGAAACAGGCUACCAGUUCCUUUACCAUUGCCAACAACUCCAGUUCCUGAGCAGCCACUACUUUCUUAUUCAACGCUUUUUUUCCUUUUUUGUGCAAUACUCGCUCUUUUUUUAUCCCUCAGUCGCUGUCCUCCCCUAUGGCGUGCCCACCUAAAAUAUUUGUUCGGCUUGUGUUUGCUAAAUGUGUGGGGAUUUUAAAAGCUAUAUUUAAUACUGAAGAGAGAAAAGGGAAUAGACGAGUUGCGCAAGGGUGUUUUCAAUACGGCCGUCUGUGCAACUUGUCAGAGGCUGGACGCUACCUCCAUAGUGUAGUCUGCAGUGGGGCUCU